CUCACAUUAUAUGGACUAGUUGCUUUUUCGCUUUACUGUGGUAGUAGUAGCUGAGCUUCUGCUACAUAUUCUCUUGUACAUACACACACACACGCACACAAAAGGUGUGAGCAUGUUUUUUGGUGUUACCAACAACCUGCAGAACGCCUUGUUAUUUUUUUUUCUAACCUUCUUUUUUUCUGUAUAUCUCACUGCUGCCACUACUCCACAUCUUUCCCUUCUCUUCUGGCUUCUUCUUUUUGUGCUUUUCUCCCCUCUCUUUUUUCUCUCUCCUCGUAUAGGCAACAAGAACAACAGGAGCAACAAUAGGAACACUACGCACGCAUACAGCGCUCUCUCACGCAAACGAACGGACCUCUCGGUUUCCACCAACGUCGACCCUGACCUUUUUGUUGUAAACGCUCUCAAACAAUGAACAUUCCUACAACACCAAUACCAUGCUCUUCGACCGGACAACAGACAAACAGUAACAACGGCAACACCAUGACGACCACUAGCACAAACAAAACCUUCGCACAAUCUUCGUUGUCGUCGUCAUCAUCAUCCCAAGC